GUCCCGGAAUGUCAAGUGCACCAGCUUCCAAUCCCUCCUUGGGGCGGGCUCUGGGGCAGCUCGGAAUCCUAGGUUGCGGAGGAUUCCAGUGCAAACUCAGGACUCUCUUCCCUGCCCAGCCGUCGCUUCCCAAGGACUGAGCAGCCAGGCAGGAGCGAAAACAAACAGCUGGGGCUGCGAGCGCCCCCGCUCCGGCCCCAAGAGCUCGCUGGUCCCGACCCCCACCCAGGGCGCCCGUCCGCCCACCAUGAGGAAGAUCCGCGCCAAUGCCAUCGCCAUCCUGACCGUAGCCUGGAUCCUGGGCACUUUCUACUACUUAUGGCAGGACAACCGAGCCCACGCAGCAUCCUCCGGCGGCCGGGGCGCGCAGAGGGCCGGCGGGAGGCCGGAGCAGCUCCGCGAGGACCGCACCAUCCCGCUCAUUGUGACAGGAACACCCUCGAAAGGCUUUGACGAGAAGACAUACCUGUCAGCCAAGCAGCUGAAGGCCGGAGAGGACCCCUACAGGCAGCACGCCUUCAACCAGCUGGAGAGCGACAAGCUGAGCCCGGACCGGCCCAUCCGAGACACCCGCCAUUACAGUUGCCCAUCCGUGUCCUACUCCUUGGACCUGCCGGCCACCAGUGUCAUCAUCACCUUCCACAACGAGGCCCGCUCCACCCUCCUGCGCACAGUGAAGAGUGUCCUGAACCGAACUCCCGCCAGCUUGAUACAGGAGAUCAUUUUAGUGGAUGACUUCAGCUCAGAUCCCGAAGACUGUCUGCUCCUGACCAGGAUCCCCAAGGUCAAGUGCCUGCGCAACGAUCGGCGGGAAGGGCUGAUUCGGUCCCGAGUUCGAGGGGCAGAUGUGGCCGCAGCUGCCAUCCUGACCUUCCUGGAUAGCCACUGUGAAGUGAACACUGAGUGGCUGCAGCCCAUGCUGCAGCGGGUGAAGGAGGACCACACCCGCGUGGUGAGCCCCAUCAUUGAUGUCAUCAGCCUGGAUAACUUUGCCUACCUUGCAGCAUCUGCUGACCUUCGCGGAGGGUUCGACUGGAGCCUGCAUUUCAAGUGGGAGCAGAUCCCCCUUGAGCAGAAGAUGACCCGGACAGACCCCACCAGGCCCAUAAGGACACCUGUCAUUGCUGGAGGAAUCUUCGUGAUUGACAAGUCCUGGUUUAACCACUUGGGAAAGUAUGAUGCCCAGAUGGACAUCUGGGGGGGAGAGAAUUUUGAGCUCUCCUUCAGGGUGUGGAUGUGUGGUGGCAGUCUGGAGAUCGUCCCCUGCAGCCGGGUGGGCCACGUCUUCAGGAAGCGGCACCCCUACAACUUUCCUGAGGGCAAUGCCCUCACCUACAUCAGGAAUACCAAGCGCACUGCAGAGGUGUGGAUGGACGAGUACAAGCAAUACUACUACGAGGCCCGGCCCUCGGCCAUCGGGAAGGCCUUUGGCAGUGUGGCCACGAGGAUCGAGCAGAGGAAGAAGAUGAACUGCAAGUCCUUCCGCUGGUACCUGGAGAACGUCUACCCAGAGCUCAUGAUCCCUGUGAAGGAAAUGCUCCCUGGCAUCAUUAAGCAGGGGGUUAAUUGCUUAGAAUCCCAGGGCCAGAACACAGCUGGUGACUUCCUCCUCGGAAUGGGGAUCUGCAGAGGGUCUGCCAAGAACCCCCAGCCAGCCCAGGCAUGGCUCUUCAGUGACCAUCUCAUCCAGCAGCAGGGGAAGUGCCUGGCUGCCACCUCCACCUUAAUGUCUUCCCCUGGGUCCCCGGUCAUACUACAGAUGUGCAACCCAAGAGAAGGCAAGCAGAAAUGGAGGAGAAAAGGAUCUUUCAUCCAGCAUUCAGUCAGCGGCCUCUGCCUGGAGACGAAGCCUGCCCAGCUGGUGACCAGCAAGUGUCAGGCUGACGCCCAGGCCCAGCAGUGGCAGCUGCUGCCCCACACAUGACGGUAGCCCUGGGGCCUCCUGUACCAUUUGCAUGAGACUUUGGGACCGGAAGUGGGUGAGGGGUGGGGGAGAGCAAAGCAGGCCGUUUCCAUCUCCUCGAAUCUCUGCCGGCAUCAUCAGCAAACACCCCCCACGACACGCGUGGCUCCACAGCUUGUUCCGGGAGGGCACGGGGGACACGCCCGAUGCCCUCUGUGCCAUCCCAGGCUUGCACCAGGAGAGGAGAUGGUCAGGGUGCCGGACUGUUGCUGGGCAGAGACUGACAGGUGCCCCUGGCCCUUUGUCCUCUCCCUUGACGCUUCCUGGUGCCCAGAUCUCCCCUUGUUGCCUGGGGAGGGCCCAGACAGAAGCCCACAUAGGGGCCCAGUUGGGCCUGCCUGUGGGGACAGGCACGAGAGGAGAAAGUGGGCAAUGUGGAUGGAGAGGCCGAAGUCUGGGAGCAGAAAGAAGGAAAGGAGAAGGGCAAGUAAAGACCAGGUAGGAGGUGAGAAGCUCAGCGACCUGCCAGAGAUGCCACGCCCAGGGAAUGCUGGGUGGGGCGUGGGAGGGAUGGGAUUCCCAGGAGCAAAAGAUGGGGACUUUGCAAACAACCUAUAUGGAAGAGCACAAAGCAACCAAAGAAUAGGUCUCUUCACCAGGAUGUAGUUCCUGCCAUGCUUCACCAGCCCAAGGGCUUGGGCCCAACACUGGAACUCCCGUCCUGACCUGUGGGUGCCCACGUUCUCAG